UCAAGUGUCGUGAGAGGGCGCUAGGCAGUUCAAUUAUUUCUCUCACUGUCUCUUUUUCCCGCCUUAGCCUUGCAUGCAGUGAAGUGUGUGACGGAAGGCAGAAACUGUUUGAAGUGCUGACAUAAAUUGCCACAAAUACAAAUAUGGGAAGAGGCAACCCAAAGAGUAAAAGUUCAAAGAGGCCUGAGGAUUCCCAGAAGGCUCAGAAGGAGGAAGACGAUCCAAUGAGAAGCGAGGAAGACGAAGAAGAAGAAGAGGAAGAAUAUCAGGUGGAGAAAGUCCUCAACAAGAGGGUGAAAGGAGGCCAGGUGGAGUACCUCCUCAAAUGGAAGGGAUACCCAGACGAGCAAAACACGUGGGAACCGGAGACAAAUCUGGACUGUCCUGAGCUCAUCCAGAUGUACAAUGACUCGGUGAAGCAACUCACGCAAAGUAAACGGAAACUCACAGUGAACGGAGGGGAUGGUGACUCGGCCAAGAAAAAGCCAAAGAAAGUUGUAGAGAUAUCAGCCAAAUCCAAUGAAAUCGGUGGUAGCACUAGGAUGGUCAGGAUGGCGACAGAUGUUAAUCGUGCACCAAAGAGUAUGCAGACUCCGACCGAGCCUGAGGGAUUUGAGAGAAAACUGGACCCGGAAAAGAUCCUUGGAGCCACAGAGAAAGACGGAGAUCUUAUUUUCUUAAUGAAAUGGAAAUCCAGCGAUCGAGCCGACCUAGUCCGAGCCAAGGAAGCCAAUGUCAAAUGCCCUCAGGUUGUCAUCUCAUUCUACGAGGAGAGACUGACCUGGCACACGGAAAACAAAGAUGACGACGGAGGCACCUGUCAACUGGAACAAAAGCUUGAGCAAAAAUCUAGUCAACAGGAACCAAAUCGCGAGCAUAAAUCCGAAAAGUCAUUGUGAGUCCACCCCUCCCUCCCUCUUCCCUACCCCGCCCUGCCCCGUCAUUUCCCCAUGACACUUCAAAUGUUUUUGAAAAACACCUGUAUUCCAAAAAUUUUCUCCAGAGUUUGUUUUCCACCAAAAGAAAGAGAAAAAAACAUCCAAAGAUAAUGAAAACUGGGCUCAUAGAUGCAUGUGCACAGAAGAUAUUUCUUCUUUACGGAAGUUUUUACCGUAUUAAGACGGUGUGUAUGAGGGUGAACAUUUUUCCAUCUACAGUUUGGAGUGAGGUUUGAAUGUUUGAUUCUGGAACAAAAAAAACAACGUUCAAGUCAAAAAGUUCAAUUUAUCUUCAUGUUACUUCAUGUUAAUAAGCGAAGAGUUAAAAAGGGAAGUGCUUUCGUAAAAGAAAAUUUUUUAGUAGAUUACACUGUCCACUUCAGCCCUCUGUGGGAAAUUCUGAGAGACACGAAAUAUUGAAAACUAAGAAAUUGUCUGAAACUUCUGGUGUAGGUAAAACGAAAGAGCGAGUCGGUGAAUCGCAAAGGAAAGUAUUGAACUAUUAUGUCGGAAACAACCACAUGUAAAUCAUGGAAGAAUGUGUUUUUACGUCAUUUAUGUACUAUUUUUUUUUGAACUGUUUGUGUUAGCAUUUUUAAAACAAUAGACAUCACUGUAUGUUAUUCCUUUUUUUGUCUCCGUGCAUGUUCAUGUAGAUUUUGGUUUGUUUUUUUGUUUUUCAGUGUGAUUAAUUCAGAAUUCAUGUAGGUGUUUCUGAGUGAGACGAUCUCAUGAAGAUACCUGUCGGAAGACCUCAAAUAAGUCCCCUUUUUCUGCGAGUGUAUAAAAAAAAUCUAGAAUUGCGACAGCAUUUGUAAAUAUACUGUACAUAAACAUGUUAGGACUAUUGUUGUCGAUGUUUGUCCGCCCUCUUAACUCUAGGUUGGUCUUGAAACACCCUCCCCCCACACCUGCCAAGCCCCGCCCCUCACCUUCUAAUCCCCCCCCCAUUCCCCCCCCCCCCCCCCCCACCUGCUUAAAGAGGCAAGUCUCACCUUCCAUUUGCCUCACGUUUAUGCUUCUUUAAAAACCAGGUAGUUCUGAACCAAACCAUUCAAAAAAACUAAAACUAAUACCCAGAUCAGUUCUCAUGGUUAAAAAAUGGUUUUGAAAUUUUUAAUAAUUACAUUUUGGCUAACCUGGUUUUGAGAGUUGAAAACUGUUGCCUCAUAAACCAGUUCCAAGUCGAUGAAAUAAUGCAACUUUGUUAAAGGAUACUGCAGGUUAGAAUAAAUAUGACAAACAGAAAUUUAAACUUUGUCUGGAAAAAAACAUUUGUCAUUAUGUCAAUGGGAUGGGAGCAUGUCCAUUUUGGGUGUAAUUACAGAGGUGCAUCAUUUACUAAUUGAAUUUCAGGAAGUCCUUUUAUUUUCAGACAAUUUGAAUGCCCUAAAUGUUUCUAAUUGUUUUAUAAUUUCCGGCCAUUUUGGACAGUCCUUUUGCCAGUGGCACACAGCAAUGGUUGGCUGUAUUCUUUUCGACAAGAGACAAUUUUAAAAUGAAUGUUAUUGUCCUGUCCGUUAAAAACUUAAUUAAAGCUGUUGUUUUUAUCGCUUUGUAUAAAUUAAUUAUCCAUAUCGAAACUGAUAUUUUUUGUCCAGUUUUGAUUUGCCAGUUGCUUUGAGGUUCAGUAGAUACUAGGCAUCUGCAUGUAGUUAACUUAGUUUAAAGAGAAAAAAUAACUUUAAUCUUGCAAGUAAUUCAUAUAGUGUGACUGACUGUCAGAUGACAUUCAAUGACAACAAGUUUCUGCAUGUGUAUGUACACUGUGCAUUCACAAAUACAACAAACACAACAGGUACAGUGAGGUAAUGAACUUUGUGUAAAGCUCUGUCACAAAGUAAGUUCCACAAAUAUCCACACACAAAAAGUGGGUUCCAGCAUGUAGCAUCUGAAAUGGCAUAUGACACGGACUGUUUCUUGUGCCCUCGGACAUCAUAACUGCUUAACCAUAAGACAUAGCAUUCAACCAUUUCUACCCAGUUUCGGCACGUGUCUGCACAAGCCUGAUAUGUUUUUAUACUCACUGGCGACCAUAUAAUGCGAUCUUUUGAUUGCAAACGCGGUUGGGACAGUUAAAGUAUCCAGACUUGAAAAGUGGUUGCCUUAAAAACAAUCGGGCUGAAAAGUAAAUUGCAGACAUUCACAUUGUUGUUUUUCAUUAUUAUAACAAGAAACCUCUUAACACUAUCAAUUUUUUGUAAGAUUACCUAAUGUAUGUACAAUUUGUGUACAUGCACAUUGCUUAACAUGCUUAAUGGAGAAACCAGACUGGCUUUAAACCUUGACAGUUAUUGAGCUUGUUACUGAGAUUGCAUGAUCCUUGUCCAAGAUUUGUAUUUGAUGCCCGUAUCUCUCUUCUGUUUUUUCAUCUUUUCUUUUUCCUUUUUUUUUUCAGUGGAAAUUUUCUUGCUAGCCACACAUUCAGGAUGCUUGCUGGGGUUUCAUUAUGUGUAUUUUCAACAGGUGUUUUUUUUUUCUUCAAAUUUCUGGCAUAUAAUUCACUUUUGGUUUGAAAUUAUUACAUGUAAGUAGAUCUGAACUUGCGUCUUUUACAGUAGCAAAAUAAAGUUGGGCCCAAAUUUGGAUGAGUACAUGUGCCUGUAGUCUUGUUUCCAGACACACUUGUAUUUUUACUCUGUGGACGUGCCGAACAUUGCAAACGUUCUCCUUGCAGCAGUUGAUAUAUGUGGGGGGGAAAUGGACUCUUGAUGUCUGGAACCAAGUCUAAGGUACACAUACAAUUGGACCAUGAUUGCAUGUUCACUGAAACUAUGAAUUGAACAUAUCGGUGUUUUAAUUUGGGGGGAAAAGGCAACCUUUCAAAAACAUUCAAUAGUUUCUCUGUGAAAUGCCAUUUACUUGUGUUGAGGUUACGGUACAUGUACAAAGGAUUACUGUCUGAGAAUAAUUACAACAUUUCCUAAUUUAAAAUAAAACAUUGUUAAAAACAUAAAAGAAAUUUGAAUUUUUAUCCAUUGCCAAACCGGGCACUAUUUUAGUUACAAUAAAAGCAUUUUGUAUGUGUAUUUGUAUGUACAAA